AUGUCCACAGCAGAGGCGGGGGUUGUUUUCCACAGAGCCCAGGGCAGGACCCUGGACGCGUUUCCUGAAGAACAGAAAAGGGACCAGAAAAGCCCAUUCUACUUCAUCCAGGGUGCAGACCCACAAUUUGGACUGAUGAAGUCCUGGUCCACUGGGGACUGUGACAAUGGUGAAGAUGAGUGGGGGCAGGAGAUUUGUCUAACUGAGCAAGCCAUUCAGGCCAUCAACAAGCUGAACCCCAAGCCCAGAUUCUUUGUUCUGUGUGGGGACCGCAUUCAUGCCAUGCCAGGGAUGCCCUGGCGGAAGGAGCAGACGAAGGACCUGUAGCGGGUGCUCAGGAACAUGGACAGCGACAUCCCACUGGUCCCGGUCAGUGGCAACCACGACAUGGGCAACGGCCCCACGCCUGAGACCAUGGCAGAGUUCCAGGAGACUUGGGGAGACGACUAUUUCAGCUUCUGGGUCGGGGGCGUCCUGUUCCUCGUCCUCAACUCCCAGUUUCUGUACGACGCCUCCAGGUGCCCUGCCCUGAAGCAGGCCCAGGACCAGUGGCUGGACCAGCAGCUGAGCGGCGGGCAGCAGAAGUGCCAGCGCGCCAUCGUCUUCCAGCACAUCCCCCUCUUCCUCCAAAGCAUCGACGAGGACGAGGACUACUUCAACCUCACCAAGCCCGUGCGGAAGGAGAUGGCAGACAAGUUCGCCAAAGCAGGUAUCAAAGCUGUGUUCUCAGGCCACUACCACAGGAAUGCUGGGGGUACCUACCGGAACCUCGAUGUCGUGGUGUCAUCUGCCAUCAGACACACUAAAAACCUGAGAUCAAGGGGAGCCAGUGGUUUAAGUCUGGUUCCAAGGCCAAGGCUCAAGAACCAGGAAUGCCGAAGUCUUAGGACAGAAGAUAAAUGUCCCAGCUUACUCAGAGAAGGUAAAUUUACCCUUUCUCCACCUUUCUGUUCUGUCUGGACCUUCUGA